CAUUCGUCAAGCCGUCAGUAGAAGGUCGACGCGUUUACGUAUCGGACUAAAUAAAAAUUAAAAACGUUUCAAUUUUAAUAAUAAUAUUGACCUAAAGCAAAAGUUUACUUCAUGGUGUAUAAUAUUGGACAUGUGAUAAAACAAUAAACUAGUUCUUAACAACACUAUGAUAUUUAUGAAACAGACUUACCGAUCCAACUGUGAAGAUAUGAAAUGAAUCAAAAGUGAAAAAGUGCUUUUAUAAAAUAUAAAAUAAAACAUAAUAACAAUGAAGCGUAGGAAAUAUCUUGUAUUGUUUACGCUAUUUUUAACCAACUUAGUUGAUCAGCCGGCACCCGAAGUGGUGAUCGAACAAGGCAUUUUGAGCGGUAAAAUCAGCCCGGAUGGGUCGUUUUUCGAAUACGUCGGUAUACCGUAUGCGACUAGCAACAUUAAUACGAGGUUCAAGGCGCCAUUGCCGCCACCAUCAUGGAAUGGAGUUUUCAAAGCAGUCGAAGAAACAUCUAUGUGUCCGCAAGCAUCGAUUAUUGGGAUUAUUGGUUCAGAAGACUGUUUAACUAUAAACGUGUACAUACCCGCUUUAGCGAGAAAACCACUACCAGUAAUGGUCUAUGUUCACGGUGGAGCAUUUGUGCUCGGAAGUGGUGGUAAACUGUUAUACGCUCCGGAUUUCCUAGUCAAACAUGAUGUAAUUUUAGUGACAUUUAACUACAGACUUGGAGCUUUAGGCUUUAUGUGCUUGGGUAUUAAAGACGCUCCAGGAAACGCUGGACUUAAAGACCAGAUAGCAGCUUUAAGAUGGGUCAAGAAGAAUAUCGCAGCUUUUGGUGGGGAUGUUGAGAAUAUAACUCUUUUCGGACAGAGUGCUGGAGGAACAUCAGUCUCACUGCUAUUGGCCAGCGAAGCUACUAGUGGGCUCUUUAAAAAGGCUAUCGUUAUGAGUGGUUCUGCAAUAUCUAGUUGGGCGAUUAAUCGUCAGCCAAUCUGGAUUGCAAAUCUUGUAGCUAAAGAGCUAGGAUACAAUACUGAUAAUCCGAAUGAGCUAUAUGAAAUAUUCUCUAAAAUACCCUUUAAAGAAUUAGUAAGAGCUAAGCCUGAGAAACCUUUGGGGAAAUAUUUAGACACCCAACUAUUGCAUUUGCCGUGUAUCGAAAAAAAUAUACCAGAUGUUGAACCAGCCUUAACUGAUUUACCAUAUAAUUUACUAACGAAAAAACCGAAGAAAAUCCCUGUAAUGUACGGUUCCACUAGCAAAGAAGGAUUGCUUAUAAUAUCGAAAGACAAUGAAGAAACAGUAUCUGAGAGAGAUUCUAAAUAUUUAUUUGCUUCAGAUUUAGAAUUCCAAACCGAGGAAGAAGCUGAAAAAGAGGACAAUAAAGCUAGACAACUAUACUUUAAUGGUCAAAGAAUGAGUAUGAAUAAUAUUAUGAAUAUAUCUGACCUAAUGAGUCACUUAUACUUUGAGAUACCGCCGAUUUUAGAGUCAGAGAUAACAUUAAGCACAACAGCUGAUGUUGCAGUUUUCAAUUAUUAUUUCAAUUAUAGCGGUGGUAGAAAUUUCUUAAAGUACCUUACUGGGUUCAAAAAUGAGACCGGAGCUUGUCAUGGAGAUGAAUUACUGUACUUGUUCCGAGGAGAUCUAUGGCCAUUUCCCAUAAGUAGAAAAGACAAGAAAAUGAUUGAUUGGAUGACAAAGCUGUGGUCUAAUUUUGCUAAAUAUGGUGAUCCUACACCAGAAGAUGCAAGUGAUCUACCAAUUAAAUGGGUUCCCAGCAAAAGAAAUUAUCUAAAGUUUCUAUACAUAGAGGAUGAUUUGUCGAUGGGUACAAUACCAAGCCCGGAGGCUUAUCGACUAUGGAAAUACAUGUACGAAAAAUACCGAAAAUUGAGUGUUGAUAGAUAUUGACUUUGAAAAAGACAAUUUGUUUCAUUUGA